GAGGACUCACCGCCAAACUCCGGUGUGAGAACGUCGUAAGGUCAGGGGUCAAUUUCAGAGAUUUGGCGCCAAAAUCCGGAGUGUGUCCGACAUUCUACUUUUCCUGGCCGUAAAAACCUGUAACAACCAUGUCAGGCGGAGGGGAACAUCGGAACCUGCCAUGGGUAGAGAAGUACCGCCCCAAGGAAAUGACGGAGCUGAUCUCACAUCAGGACAUCAUCAGCACAAUCCAGCGUUUCCUUGACGAGGACCGCCUGCCCCACCUGCUGUUCUACGGCCCGCCGGGUACAGGGAAGACGUCCACCAUCCUGGCGUGCGCUCGCCGGCUGUACGCCGACAGGGAGUUCAACUCUAUGGUGCUGGAGCUCAACGCCUCAGACGACCGAGGAAUUGGGAUUGUGAGGGGACCAGUCCUGCAGUUCGCCAGCACAAGGACCAUAUUUAAACGAGGGUUCAAGCUGGUUAUCCUGGAUGAAGCUGACGCCAUGACUGGAGACGCACAGAACGCGCUCAGGAGAGUUAUGGAGAAGUUUACAGAGAACACACGGUUCUGCCUCAUCUGUAACUACCUGUCCAAGAUCAUCCCUGCUAUCCAGUCCAGGUGCACCAGGUUCAGGUUCGGCCCGCUUGGUGUGGAUCAGAUGUUGCCCAGACUGGAGCACGUCAUCCAGGAAGAAAACGUGGAUGUAACAGAAGAUGGGAAGAAAGCGAUCCUUCAGCUGGCUAACGGAGACAUGAGACGAGUCUUAAACAUCCUGCAGAGCACAUCGAUGGCCCACGAUGUUGUGGACGAGGACAACGUUUACCUGGUCACCGGACAGCCGCUUCGAUCUGACAUCGCUAACAUCGUUAACUGGAUGCUUAACGAGAAUUUCACAACAGCUUAUAACAACAUCUUUCAGCUGAAGGUGCUGAAGGGUUUGGCUCUGCAGGACAUCCUGACGGAGGUGCACCUGUUCGUGCACAGAAUUGAUUUCCCGAUGGCUGUGAAGAUGGUUCUGUUGCAGAAGAUGGCAGAUGUGGAGUACCGAUUGUCGGCAGGAACCAACGAGAAACUCCAGCUCAGUUCCGUGAUCGCAGCUUUCCAGGUGGUCAGGAACGUGGCAGCGCAGGCGUAAACAACAACAACAAACAAGACAAUAAACAAACAACAACAAGCCUCAACUUCAAGGCUCUUGGAAAGAACAGACGAUGUUCUAGUGUGCAAAAUGUAUAUACAAUACAUGUAUAACGCUGUUUAGAGUAACACAUUUGGAAAGAUUCACCUUGUUAUGAAAGCCUAAUUGAAUCGUACUGAUUGAUAUUAACAUUAUGAAUGACAUCCUGUUAUCAUUGCUCUCAUGAUUGUACUGUGUCAGUCUUUUUUUUCAGACUUAUCAGCACUUAUACAUGUAUAUGCUUAAAGAUUUUGUAUUGAUAUCAAUAAAAAUCAUCCUUACCCUC